UUGAGGAAAUUUUCAUGUUUAUGAUCUUGCUAUAACAUUCUUUGUCCUCCUUGUUGGUUGAACGAGAAUUUGUCUUGAAUUUCAUCCCAAAAAGAGUAGUUACUAUUACUGUUGCGCGCAUGAGAUCGCCUCGGUAACGUUUCCUAUGAAACCAGGGCGACUUUUGUUGUGCUCUCAGUCGUAUCAUAUCAGUGCAAAGGGUUUGUGGUAGAUGUAAGCCAUAAGCUUCCCCCUUCAAAUGAUGCCUGACGGUUGCCCAAACGCCCUUCCCUUCCCCCAGAUUUGUUCUCUUUAUUGGGCAAGUGUUGUUUUGGCCUGUUAUCCGUUCGACGUAUCUGGGAUUUUAGUUGCAGCGGGGUUGCAGAUCGUCCAUCCAGAUUCAUCGGCCAAAAAGACGAAAAGCCAGGUGACACGCAAGGCUCUUAACCUGCUAAUGUGCGCGUUAUUUGAAGGUUAUGUUCUUGAAUAGACCCACAGGUCCAUUUUAAUCGUGCGUGUUAUAGCCUGAGGCCAACUUAGUGUAAUCCGUGGGAUAAGGUCGUGCUAUUGUUAGGGAUAUGACCAAUUUGUAUGUCCAAGCCUAGCCAUGUAGUGAUAGAUAUCGCAUGUUUUUUUAUGAAUAAUCUGACGAAAAAGAUAAGUGAUGGUGAACCAACUCCGUUUCACCGUGGGUUGCGGUUUAGGGUGUGACUUUCCUUGCUGACUCCUGACAAAGUCACUUAUCGCGUAUAGGAAUUACUAUUUGUAUACGAUACAUUAUCGAGAUUUUUGUAACACGGCUAACACAGAGCCUCCAACAAAUGAGCCUGUAUUUUCAAGUGAAAAGGCUCCAAAAAUGUUUAAUGAAACCCAUUGUGUGUUUGCCUUUUGAUUGCCGCUAAGAAAAAUGCAUUAUAUUCUUGAGAAACAAAGCACAAAAUACUCUCACACUAUACCAAACUAAUAAAAAAGGCGACACAGUGCAUAGAUAACAGUACUAAUAAGAAGCGAUAUCUGAUCGGUGGUUGACCUGUGUGUGCGACCGCUUGCGUGAUGGUGUUUGACUAGUUGAUUGAUAUACUUCUAGUGCUUGCUACAUGUGAUGUGGACCCGCCAUACAUUUAUCACACCACUUGUUCUCGGGGUUAAUUUUAUCACAACGUGAAGAGGGAUUGUUAAGUAACUAGCAAGAGUCCAUCCAUUAGUGUAAGAUAUCACACAAUUUGCGAAUGCGGCCCGUUAAAAGUUGCACGGCUCGGUCUUACUAACUCCUGGAAUGUCGCAUGACCUCUAGGGCAAGAUUUGUAGUGCGUUUGCUUUCUGUUUGUCCACAGCCAGCAAAUGAAAUGCAGGAAUGUUUUCACUGUUUACAAAGGUCGCUUUUGCUUUGAACUGCAAUAGCCAUUUAGGACAGUUUAGUCGUAUUUGAAUGUCUGAGCUUUUUCAUUAUUUUCGGAUAAGUGUUUUCAGUACCCCUUCCUUACUAUAAUAUAAUAAGCUACCUGCACACCUUUAAAAACUAUUUCCUCCUAAACUAUGAUGCACCACGAUAGAUGGCAUUGCCUGCGCCAUGAGAGGUUAUUUCGAUAUGGAUUUUUCUUGAUUUUUUUUCUCGGCAUUAUCAACGGAAGACAAUCGCCAAGCCAGCUUGGGUGUUACCAGGACACCUCGUUGCCACCACCUCACUUUAAAAUUAUAUGGCCAUGACAAGAUUUCUGGCACCGUUAUAUCUUUAUCGCAGUCAUUAGCGGCAUCGUUAUCAUUCAAAUAAUUAAGUAUAAUUGAAAUUUAACUGUUAUUUUCGAGUGCGUCUCGCUGCGCAUUCCUAAGAUAUUUCUUUUCUAAGUAAGGGGAUAAAAAGCCGAAAGUGAAAUUCUCUUCCUAUACAUAUACUUCAUCAAUAUGCCGACGAAAGAUUCCCUGAUAACAACGUCCCUAUGCCCCGGUCGCGGUCGGUAUAACCGGUCCAAUACUUGUGACGUCAUAGCCUGGAUUGCCAUGCUCUCAUCGGGGCUUUAUUAUACUGUGAUUAUAUUGUGAUUAGCCUCUUACUGAGCCGUUCCAUACACGCUUUGCGAUCCUCCGUGUAAACACACGAAGGAGCUUCAGACCUAUUUAGAUUUCUUUAGCAGACGGUUACGGUAUGGUAAUCUUUGUUUGAUUCGGCUAGUCACAGUGUGUCAAAGGGAAGACCAUGUGGAUUCUGUAGCCCUUUAGCUAAUUACAAGUCAAAGAAGGUUUGGAAAUAAUGGCGCUUACUGACGGAAGGGAAGUGUUUGUAUUUGACGAUGAUGAGGUGAUGCAGUUUUGGGAUGCGGAGUUCGUAAAGUCGAAUUUAAUAACACUAGCGUCCUGUGAUGGGGCAGGCGAAUCAGGAUGUCCCGGGAAAGACACACCGUGCACGGAUAAAGACACAACAAGCCAGGGAGACAAAAGCCCUAAGCCGCGAAAAUUCCGCAAACUUCCACUCCCGCACUGGCUAACCAAGCCGCACCGAAAACCACAAGAUUCUGAAAGCAAAGCAUCAACCAGUAAGAAGCGCAUGACUCGAGCAAACUCAGCGCCGAAGACACUUGGCCAUAAUCGACUAAGUCUUGAGAAACACCAUCAGGAAAAAAUUAGCGAGGAGCCUCUGGAGGAACCGCAAAGGAAAUCGAGCGCAAACUUACUAUCUCCGAAACCUUGGUUAACUAAUAAGCGCGGGGAUAAAGACGGGUUAUUAAGAAGACGCGCGUCUUUGCCGAGUAACGUAGGCCAUGCUUAUCAUGAUCUACGGAGAUCUCCGAAUCCAGACAAACCUCUGACCCCUAAACUAGAGCGCAAGACAGCGGCUGAUAAUGGCGAAAAGUUAGAGAAGGACGUGGUGAAAGCGUUACUUUUCAGCAAACCGCACACGAAGUACUUGGCUAAACAGGUUCCCAGACAAGAUUCCAUCACAGAGGAGGUCCCGCAAGAAUACAGGCUUCAGCAGCCGGUACCAAAACUGCAGCUCCACUGCCUGGACACGCCCGAUAUGUUCUUCGUCCCCGUUAUUGACGAGGAGGGCCAGGAUAAUGGUCAGGAUAACAUGGGUCGUCAGCUAUCAGCGUCCGCUGAUGAGUUACACGUGGCAACACGUGUCGAGCCCGAAGAGGACGAGAACGAGGCUAUACAGGCCAUCAUUGCACGUGAACUCCAGACAUAUCUACAGGAGAAGGAAUUCGAAGCUGUGGCAUGCCAGCAGUGGUGCUUGGACCUGAGCCAGAAUAUGAGGACAGCGGUUCAGGGUUACAAGGUGGAGGAGUGCAAGGUCGUGGCCGUGGUGUACAUAGGCGCAAUGCGAGGAAGCGGCGUACACGCGGCGGUACAAUCCAUGCUAACUCCAUUCGACGAUAACCUCGCCUGCGCGGACUACAAGAACCAAUCUCUCUACGCCUUCGCCUCGAUAUUAGUGACUAGGCUUGAGUAGUUAAAGAAAAUAGUAUCUCCACCCACGUCUCGGUAUUAAUGACUAGGCUUUAGUAGUUAUGUAAGAACAACGCCUUCGACUUGAUAUAAGAAGCAGUCCCCUGCCUUAGUAUUUGUGUCUAAGCUUCAGAAGUAACAAGAACCAGUAGUCCGUCUUUGCUUCGGUAUUAGAAUCUAGAGCAGAGCCGUAGCAGGCCUCGAAAUAUUGGGCACCAUACGGAAAAAUUAAGAAAAAAUAUUAAAUAUUACGACCCUACUUGCACUGUAGCUUUGAGAAAUUAUAAGAACCAGUCCCUCAUCACCUACUCAUUCGUCGCGGUUUUAAUUAAGUAUUAGUUUAGUAAUAUCAUCGAGACUACUGGAUUUUAUGCAGAAUUUCGUUCGUGUAAUUCGUUUCACUUUCUAUUUGUUUGGUGUUCCAGUUGUAAUUUCGUCAGUCUUAUUACUGAUGUGGAGAAAGCGGAGCUGGGGCGAAUUAUUCGAUACUCAGCAUCCACCAUAGUGUUGGCUCCCUGUUGUUCACAAGCUUAUGAUAAUCAGAUCUUCUGA